AUGUCCUCAGAACGUCAGUACGCAUUCGCCUACCCCUACCUCUCUCCUCCUCCAAGUCCAUCAGGCCCCUCCCACUCAAGGCCGGACUCCCUCCGUUCCCCCUUCUCCUACCCCUACCCCCACUCCCGCUCACCGAGCAUAUCCACCCUCAACGUCUCCGAGAACCAGACAACGCUGACCAUCCUCCCCACCACGCUAUCGCUCGUCAACAUCCCUCGUCAGCGGGCAGUACAGGGCGAGGUCUGCGUACGCAUCAUGAAGAACCUCCUUACUUCCCUCGCACGCACAGAGUUCCUCGCUAUUGUGGCGAACGAGCUCGAGCUCAGCAUAUAUGCUGACCCGGAAGUUAUUCGCCGCACAAGGCUAAUUAGGAUGGCGAAGAAGGAGCAUAGGCUAGCAAGGGACCCACAGCAUCUCCCCAAACCGGGGUGGAAGCCGAUCGAGUACUCUUCCAAGCGGUGGAGCGUCCUCCAAGUGGAUACGCAUGAUGACGAGGAUGGCGGUACACGUAUGCAUCAGAUCUCUUCCUGUCUCUCCUCUGCAGGCAUACCCAUCCUCUUCGUCUCCUCCCACAGUGCAGACUUCGUCCUGGUCAAGUCUGCCCUCCUACCCGACGUCGUUGGUCGACUCCGACGGGAGGGGUUCGGCAUAUACGAUGAGCAUGGGGCCUCCCCAUACUUGACUUCUGUUGGUGGGCAGGGUGGUUGGACAUCAGAGCAGGGGGAGGAUGUCCUCGUUCCCCCACUCUCGUUGAAUGCGGCGUUCGACCUGAUUCCAGCGUCUCCUGUGGAAGGACCAGACCUUUCCAGCCUCUCAAGCCCAGCAGCAUCUUCCUGCCCUUCGGUUGCCACCAUCAAAGGACCAGAAUACUACGUCAACCCAAUCAGGGGAAGUAUUGCCUGCGUCGGUUUGGCAGAGGAGCAUUACCCGCAGUGGCUCAUCAAGGUCCUCCGACUGGUUGCAGACCCACACGAGAUCCUCCUCGAUUCGGGACGCAAGGGCCGGCGCCAUCGGCGGCAGCGGUCUUCUGCCAAUCUUGAGGGACGUGAUGACGAGCGUGAUCUGGAUGAUAUGAUGGCCGAGGAGGAACUGAGCGAAGAGAGCAGUUCGAGUGGUUCGGGCGGCAGCUCAGCGAGCGACCACUCACUCGAGCUCGAACUAGAGCUUGAGAACGAGUACGACUCUGACGGCUCCGCUUCUUCGCACUCGUCAAGGGACUCGUCUUCCCUCUCUGCGCCUUGUCACUCUCCCACACCCUCUAUGAGCUCGAUACCGCACCCUCCGCUCCGCCUGCCAAUGACCCCGCCUCGCACUUCCCCCGAACCGAUUCCUCGUCCUUCGCCCUCCAAUGCUCGCACACGAGCCCGGUCAGCCUCUGCGCCACAGCCUACACACCCUGCUAUCCUAGCCCUUCCAUUCUUCUCCUUCAUUCGCACGCGAGGAGCUACCUCUCUAACCGCUAGCACAAGGGUGCUCGCACGCUUGUUCGAGCAGGGAGAAAGGGAGAUGGUCAUGAGUGCCGGAGAGCUGGAGAGGUUCGAGGAGAGCGAGGAGGGAGAGGACAGUUUAGGCUUAGAGCUGGGAAUGGGCUCGGACCAUGGCCAGGAGAGGGAACAUGAUCUGGAGGGAGAGGAGUUGGCGGAACAAGGUUUUGAGGCUCUGCACGGACCGCUGAGGUGCCUGCAGAUCGACUUCUCAGCUUUCGGACUUGACAAAGUUGGCCUCGCUACGCGCAUCUCUGACGCCCUGCUUUGCGCGAAGAUUAACCACCUGUAUACGAGCACCCUCCGCACGGCGAACGUUUUCGUCAGUGAGGAACGGUUCGAGCGCGCGAGGCGGGUGUUGCUCGAACUUGCCUGACGCCCAACCAUGCAUGCAUAAACAAGAUACCGCGGAACACGAUACCAUGACCUGGCCCGAAUGGAUAUGGCACACACCUCCUGUAGCACUACUGAUCGACUUUCUUCUUCAUUUUACUUUCACUUUCAACUUCUUCAUUUGGAUUGGCUUCAUUUUCAUUUCACGUAUGUCCGGGCUACAUCUUCCUUGGCCCACACCACUGUCUUCGACUUGCACACGGAUCCGUUACCCUCACCCUCACCCAAACCCUACACCAAACCCAAAACCAAAAUUCGAGUCCGGCAGAACUGAAACUCGACCGGUGCCAGCGGUCCGUUGACCAGACCCAGCAAGCCCGACCAGGACCUGACCUGACCUGACUUGACCCGACCAAACCAAAACUCGGCAUACCCCAUGACAUAUGAUACCGGAUAUCCGUCAGGCUCUGCCCGCCCUGCCCCUGUACCUUGCCCCGCUCCCCGCUCGCAUCCGCAUUCCCAGCCCGGCUGGUACGGAAGUCGAACACACUGUGCGGAGCGCGUUCAUCGGCGGGCCCUGAAAUCUUCAGGAAAGCAGCCGUUCCGCUCCUCCGCGCGACUUUCCCUUUCCGCCCACAUCUGCUUACCCGGCCCUUCUCCUUCAACGAAACGAAGGAACGAACGUUAUGUUCCCCCUAUUUCUUCUUUUUCUUGGGGUUCUUGUCGACAGCCGAAACCGAAAAAAAAAAAAGCCGAAGACUGAACGAACAUUCAGAAAUCAGAAAACCAAAUACAUCGUGUCUCCCUCCAACUUCCUUCCUUUCAUGAAACGCCCAGAUUCCCUCAGCACGCGGUUCAUUUCACACCCCCUGUCAUUGACGUUACCCGAGUGUUUUCCUUCUGGUAUACUCAUUCUUUGCAUUCUUUAUCCUUUCAUGUUCUCCUGUUGCUUGUUGCAUGUCGCAUGUUGUUAUCCGCUGUUGUCACAACCCCAAAGAAAAGGAC